AUGGAUAAACCAAGAUAUGAGCCUGUAACGCUCGAAAGUGGCAAUGUAUAUGAAGGAGAGUGAAACAGCUUGCAUCAAUGUCAUGGGUAUGGCAUUUUAACGUGGCCAGACGGUUCAAGAUACGAAGGAAAUUGAGAAAAUGACAAACCAAGUGGAAAAGGAAAGCAUAAUAACUCAGAUGGCAGCUGGUAUGAAGGCAAUUAUUUUAACGGCGAAAAAUCUGGCUUCGGAGUCUACCAAAGCGAGGACGGAUGCAAAUACGAAGGCUAUUUUCUAAAUGACGCAAAACACGGAAGAGGAAUAGAAACCUAUCCUGAUGGGUUUAAAUAUGAAGGCGAUUUUGCAAAUGGCGUCAAAGAAGGCCAUGGAACUAUAAGCUUUCCAGAUGGGAGCAGCUAUGAUGGAGGCUUUAAAGACAGCAAACUCCAUGGAGAAGGGACAUAUAAUUUUUCAGACGGAAGAAACUAUACAGGAGGCUGAAAUUAUAGCAAAAUGCAUGGAAAAGGGAAUUUUAAGUUUCCAGAUGGCAGAUGUUAUGAAGGAAACUAUGUAGAUGACGUAAAGGAAGGCUUUGGAAUUUUUAAAUGGCCUGAUGGAAGAAGAUAUGAAGGAGAGUGGCAUGAGGGGAAACAGCAUGGAAAAGGGGUGCAUAUAGCACAAGAUGGAACAAAAAGAGAAGGAGAAUGGGAAAAUGGGAGAAGGGUUAGAUGGCUAGAUGAAUAA